AAUAUAAAACCUUAAUCUUCCUGAGGAAAGCUUUAAAUUUGACUCAGAGGAGUCAGGAGCAGUUGAUCUUCUGCUGGUACUUGUCUCAUCUUGUAGAAUAAGCUGGCAUUGAUAUGAUUUGAAUGUGUGAUUGUUAGAGUUUCUGUCUCGUUACAGCUUGAUGACUUAACCUUAGAAAUCAACUUGUUUUCAAGUUGAAAACUUCUUGAGAACCAUGUAUUAAAACAGAUAAAAGAUAACACGUCCCUGUGUUUUAGCUAUUGCUGAGCAGUGCUUGCAUAGUGUCAGGGCCUUCUCUGUUUCUUGGGCUGCCCCAACAGGGAGCUGACUGGGGGUGCACAAGGAGCUGGGAGGGGACACAGCUGAGACAGCUGACCCCAGCUGACCACAGGGAUAUUCCAGACCAUAUGACGUUGUGUUCAGCAUAUAAAGCUGGGAGAAGAAGGAAGGAGGGGGUGAUGUUUGGACAGGGUGUUUCUCUUCUCAAGUCACCCAUACCUGUAGUGAAGCCCUGCUUUCCUGGGGAUGGCUGUAUGCCUGCAUGCCAGCCAGCACUCCAGAAGUCUGAGGGAUGCUUGUGCAGCUCACUCCAGAGUCUUGUUCCAACACUUGGUACAUUUUGAAGAGUCCUGGAAGCAACGUACAAGGCAAGAACUUUUGAAGUGGAAUGGAUGGGGAUAUAAUGACUCCAAAUUCAUCUUCAAUAAGAAGGGUCAAGCAGAAUUCACAGGAAAAAGGUACAGAUUAGGUGGUAUGGUAUUACCAACUUUUAAGGAAUGGAUAGAAAAAACGUUUGGAGCAAGUCUGGAGCACAAAACUACCUCUAGAACAUCCUUAAAUGUUAAUGAUGUACCUCCAUCCGUUGUAAAUGAAGAAUUUCUUCAGGAUCUUAGAGCCACUAAAAUCUCAUAUUCCCAGGAUGCAGAAGAUAGGGUAUUCAGAGCUCAUGGUCACUGCCUACAUGAGAUAUUUGUACUCAGGGAAGGAAUGUUUAAGCGAAUUCCUGAUAUAGUUGUAUGGCCUGUUUGCCAUGAAGAUGUAGUUAAAAUUGUGGAAUUAGCCUGCAAACACAAUCUCUGCAUAAUACCCUUCGGUGGAGGGACAAGUGUCUCUAGUGCCCUUGAAUGUCCUGAAGAAGAAAAAAGAACAAUUGUCUCCCUGGAUACAUCACAAAUGAAUCGGAUUCUCUGGAUAGAUGAAAAAAACUUAACAGCUUGUGUAGAAGCUGGCAUUGUUGGACAAGAUCUGGAAAAACAGCUUGCUGAAAGUGGCUUCUGUACAGGCCAUGAACCAGACUCAAUGGAAUUCAGUUCACUAGGAGGAUGGGUAGCAACACGAGCAUCUGGCAUGAAAAAAAACAUCUAUGGAAACAUCGAAGAUCUGGUGAUUCAUAUAAAAAUGGUAACUCCUAGAGGAAUAGUAGAAAAAAACUGUCAAGUACCUCGCAUGUCAACAGGACCUGAUAUCCAUCACUUCAUUAUGGGAUCUGAAGGAACUCUUGGAGUGGUUACUGAAGUUACAAUAAAGAUUCGCCCAGUCCCUGAAUACCAGAAGUACGGCUCUGUGGUCUUCCCCAACUUUGAGCGAGGGGUGGCCUGCUUGAGGGAAGUGGCAAAGCAGAGAUGUGCUCCUGCAUCAAUUCGCCUUGUCGACAAUGCACAGUUUCAGUUUGGUCAUGCUCUUAAACCACAAGUUGCUUCCAUUUUUACAUCAUUUUUGGAUGGACUGAAAAAGUUCUACAUCACAAAGUUUAAAGGAUUUGAUCCCAACAUACUGUGUGUAGCUACCUUGCUCUUUGAGGGUGACAGAGAGAAGGUUCUUCAGCACGAGAAGCAAGUCUAUGAUAUUGCCACCAAGUUUGGUGGUUUGGCAGCAGGAGAAGAUAAUGGACAGAGAGGAUACAUGCUGACAUUUGUCAUUGCUUACCUUCGGGACCUAGGCCUGGAUUAUUACGUAAUAGGAGAAUCAUUUGAGACAUCUGUUCCUUGGGAUAGGGUUUUGGACCUUUGUAGAAAUGUAAAGGAAAGGAUAGUACGAGAGUGCAAAGAAAAGGGUGUUCAGUUUGCUCCUCUUUCCACCUGUAGGGUGACACAGACUUAUGAUGCAGGUGCAUGCGUCUACUUCUACUUUGCCUUUAACUACAGAGGAAUUAGUGAUCCUAUUCAUGUCUAUGAACAAAUUGAGAGGGCUGCUAGAGAAGAAAUACUUGCCAAUGGAGGAAGUCUUUCACAUCACCAUGGAGUAGGCAAAUUGCGGAAGCGCUGGAUGAAGGAGAGCAUCUCUGAUGUUGGCUUGGGAAUGCUGAGAUCUGUUAAAGAAUAUGUGGACCCCAAUAACAUCUUUGGAAACAAAAAUCUUUUAUAAAGCCCUGCACAAAUGAUGUACUAAAAAUUAAAAAUUACUGUUGAAAUUCCUCCAAUUUAAUUGUAUUGAUAUCCCAGUAAUCAAAUAUAACAUAGACUAAACUUUAAAAACUAGUAACUUACAUUGAUUUUUGCUAUUCCCUUCCCCCUUCCCCCAAUAAAGUGUAAACAUCACUGUUAAUGUUUAUGGACUUUUACUUAACAAUAUUCUAACCUACUGGGCAGAAAGUACCAACCAGGAAAUGCAAAUUUGGGUUUCCAAGUUGGGCUAGGCAGGACAGCUGACAGUAUUUUCAGUGCUGGAUACUGCCAGAUGUUUCUUACUUAAAGCAUCCCCUGCAAGGAGGACAAUGACUGACAGCCGUGUUUUCUACAGAAGCAGCUGCACAGCCCAGCCUCCUGCUAAAGGAAAGCUGCUAAGAGACAGAUGAGAGAACACCAAGGAGUACCUCCCUGUACUGGAUUAAGUAUGUAACAGACUUGUAACCAGCAAAUACUUUUAAGAGUACAAAUGUAGGCUUUCAGCAAAAGAGACAGUGUAAGUCAACCUACUAAAAAUUCAGUAGUCUCUCACUGUAGUACUGGAAAAUCUUACACAAUUGAGUUGUAUUUGCAUUGCUGGGAUAAUCUUAAAUUAAUUGUAGGUCAGUCACUAAGUUUUGUACAACGGACAUUUCUCACUGUAAGUUGAAAACAGGUUUGUAACAAAAUUUUGUGUUCAUCUGUACUUCAGUCCUAGUGCGUAUGGGUUUUGUUCCUGUUGUGUUUGUUUUGCACAGAUGCAAGAUAUCUUUUUCAGUUACUCAAAUGAAACUGCCCAGCACUGUCUUUUGAAACAGUCACAACAGUUUAAUAAAACACUUAAAUGGACAACCUACUGUCAUCCUGAAAGUGAGAUUUCCCAUUUAAGUUUUGUACAGUUUCCUAUGGCCUUUAUGAAUCAUUUAUUUACUUCACAAGUAGCCACAAUUUUAAUUGUCCAUUGAACUUUAUGAAAAUGAAAUAUUUUCUUGAUCAGUGUCAUGUGAGAGUAAGCAUUUUUACAUUGAAACUUACCGGUAAAAUAAACAAAAUAUUUGUCAAUACUCAUGAUCCAUUUUUAAGGUGGGUUCUUUCUUAAAGCAAAUUAUCCAACUUUUUGAUAAUUAAUGUAAAUGCAUAAGAUAGAAAAAAAUACAGAUUAUCCUUUGAGGACACUAUUCUAGUCAACUGCUUCACAGCUCUGUAGUGUCAGUUUGGACACCUUUUGUAUUGGUAGUGCCCUUAAUGAGGAGAAAAUGAUAAAACUGCAUUUUUGUUUUUAAACUAUUUUAGAAUACUGUCUAAUUAGCUUUAAAUUUUGGUAAUAUACCAAAAAAAAAGUAUAAAAUGCUUGAAAAAAUACUGCAUAUCAGACAACUUUGAACUUGUUCUAAGCUAUUAAUUUCAAUGCAACAAUUCAAA